CAAUGGGCGCGAAGCUCAGUGGGUCGCUUUUCCCGUGCCACAGUUUGAAUUUUGUAACGAUUAUAGGCUAUAGAGGAGCGUCGCGCCCAAAGGUUUAACCAUGAGCUGGGCAGUGGAGGAGUGGAAGGAUGGACUUCCAGGGAAAGCCCUGCAGAAGAUCCAAGAGAUGGAAGUCCAGCUGGAUAAACUGAAAAAGGAGAGGUCUCAAAAGCAGUUUCAGCUGGACUCCUUAGAGGCCGCCCUGCAAAAGCAGAAACAAAAGGUUGACAGUGAACGUAGUGAGAUCUCUUCUUUGAAAAGAGAGAACCAGUCUUUAGUUGAGUCAUGUGACUCUCUGGAGAAAGCUCGUCAGAAAGCCGUCCAUGACCUUGGAAUCAAGGAGCAGCAGGUGAGCUACCUGGAGGGUCAGCUUAACUCAUGCAGGAAGACCAUAGAACGUCUGGAGCAGGAGCUCAAGAAGUACAAAAAUGAACUGGAUCGAUCUCAGCCUGCUGGUUCUUCCUCCCUGUCAUCUUCCUCCUGUGAACAGCCCUAUGCAACUCCACAGAAAAGCUUUUCAACCCCAGCUCCUGUCCAUGUCUACAGACAGCAGGAUAAUCGAUUUGAGGAACUCCAGGAAAAAUACAGUCAGGAAGUAGAAGAAAGAAAAAGACUGGAGAGUGAACUCAAACUCUUGCAGGUUAAACUGAAUCAGUCAUCAGUCAGUGUUAGCCACAAGGACAUUGCUGCUCGUCAAGCUGGAUCUUCAGUAUUCCCAUGGCAACAAGAUCAGGCUCCCAGCCAUUUGUCUCAGAAUGCAAUGGAAACACCUUUGAAGAGGCGAGGGACAUCCCUCUGGGAUGCCCAUGAAGAGACUCCUAUCAAGCCAGCUCAGCGAAUGAGCUGUUCCAGAGCAGUGCAGAGUCCUAGUGGCUCCUCCCAACAGAUGGAGCAACUAAAGACUCUCAACCAAGAGCUUCGUGGCCGUGUGUCUGAGCUAGAAAAGAAUCUGUCCAAUCAGGAGAAGGAAAUUCGUAGCCAAGCGUCCAAGCUCCAGGAACUACAAACCCAACUGAACCAGGCCCGUAAAGACCUGACUGAACGGGACAGAAACCUGUCCAAGACCAGCCAUGAGUUGAGUCAGGCCACUGACAAACACCAGCAGGUUGAGGCCAAGUGUUCUUCAGUUGAACAGAAGCUGAAACAAGUGACAGAGGAGAUGAACUGUCAGAGACACAAUGCUGAGAGCUGCAGGCGAGCCCUGGAACAGAAACUCAAGGACCAAGAGAGAGACAGUCAGAAGGAACUAUCUCAACUGCAGAGUUCCCAUCAGGCUUUGGAGCAGCAACUUAACCAGACCAGAACCAAGUUAACACAAGAGCUGCAACAGGCCAAAAAAGACCACAAUGUAUUGCAAGCUGAUAUAGAAAAGAUGAGCUUUCAGAAGACUCAUAUGGAGAAGGAUGUGGAAGAGCAGAAGCAGAAGUUGCUGAGGUCAGAGCAGAGCCUCCAGGCCAGCCAAAGCAAAGAGCAGGACCUCCGCAGGAAGAUGGAGGAGCUGCAGAAAGAAAAGAACUGUGUGACUGUCCAGUUGGACCAGAGCAGCAGGCGUCUGUCUCAGCUGGAGGAAGAGAAGAAGACUGCAGACCAGAACCUUAAACGUAUGCAGGGACAACUAGAUGACCUCAAAGCUAAAACUGAGGGACAAGUAGAAGAACUGAAGAAACUUCAGUCAAAACUGGAUCAGCAGACUGAGGCUUCAGCCCGAGAGCAGGAAAAUUUAAAAAAGACACUUUCUAAUGUAGAAGACAAAAAUGAGAGAUCUCAGAAUGACCUGCAGAAACAGAAACAGGAAACGGAGAGGCUGACCAACAGGUUGAUGGUCGUAGAGAACGAGGCCAAACAGCUGACAUCCAGUCUAAGUGCGAGUCAGACUGAGUUUAAGGAGCUAACACAAGAACAUCAAGCUCUACUGGAGUGGAAGAAUCAGAAGGAGACCUUGAUAAAUGAGACUGAAGCUAUGCAAAAGGAACUCACUGACAAAAUUAGCAACAUGGAGAGCGAUCUCAGCUCACUAAAUAAAGCCAAUGAUGAACUUAAUAAGCAGCUCAUGAGCACAGAGAGAGACAAGGCCAGUCUGUCAACUAUCAUCGAUUCAUUGAAGGGUGAACUCCUCAACAAGAGCACAGAGUUAGAGGAGAAAGAGCAUCAAUACCAGCAGCUCCAGGCUCAGCUCUCAGAGGCUGGACAGAAACACGCUAAAGACCUGGAGAACAUGGGCGUGCAAGUGACCCAGCUGGAAUCUCAGGUCAAACAUCUGGAGUUGCGGCUGCAAAAGGAAAUUGCUCGAGUUGAACAGGCUGAGAGAACCAACACAGAGCUGCAGGGUGAGCACCAGGCAGCCUGUGACCUGGUCCACUCCAAAGAUCAGCUUAUAGAGCUGGGGCAGGCUGAGAUCAGCCAGCUAAGAGAGAGCCUCGCACAGUCCACUGCACAGCAGGAGGAGCAGAAUGCAAGGUUGGCAGAAGAGAAGGCAACUUUGCUGAAACAGUGUGAGGAUAGUGUUUCAGCAAAGGUUGAAGAGAUGGACCAGAUCAAGCUGAAGUUGGAGGAGGCAGAUCAAGAGUUGCUGCUUACCAAAAACCAGGUCAGCUCAAUGGAGCAGUUCCUGAAAAUCCAAGAACAGCUGGGAGCUCAACUGCAGAGCCAAAUUAAGACACUGUCUGAGAGUCAAGACGAAUACAAAAAGGUGUGCGAGCAAAAAUCUGAAGAGCUCAAGCAUUCAGAAGAGAAGCUGAAGGAACAGCAGAGCCAGACAGAGAAGACAGACAAGCUUUUCAGAGAGGCUGAAGCUCAUAUGACUUCUGUAGAGAAACAAAAGGCUGAGCUGGAAAAAGCAGUGCUAGACAUGAAGAAAGACAUCGAGAUUCUCCAAAAGACUCACACUGAGAAGACCAACCACCUUCUGGAGCAGAUAACUCACUUAGAAGAAAAGGAAGCUGCAAACCAAGAUGCAGCCGAGAAGCUUCCUGCCUUAAAGAAUGAACUUGAUUUGGUCCAGCAGUCGAACACUGAUCUUAAAAAGUCUAUAGAAGCCCUUGAGAUGAGAAACUCAUCUGUUAUCGAGAUCAACUCCAACCUAGAGAACACCCUGAAAGAGAAAAAUAAUCAGAUUUCUGCUUUGGAGAAAGACGUCAAAGAUAUCUCAGAGGAGAGAAGAAAAGAUUUAGAAAAUCAUGUUUUCGAGAUUGAAAAUUUCCUGAACAAUGAGAAAAACCUUAAAGACGAGCUUGAAUCUGCCAAGCAAUCACUUACUGCUGCCAAGGCAGAAUUAAGAUCUCGUCGAGAGGAGAUCAAGACCAUGAAGACGACGCUGUCUGCUGCUUCACGUGGCUUGGAAGAAAGAGACAACACGCUAAAGAGUCUGAAGGAGAAGCUGAAUAAAGCUGAGGCGGAGCAGGCCAAAGCCUCAGAGCUCCUGAAGGAGAAGGUGGUGGCCAUGAACAAAAUCAAGGUGCAGCUGGAGAUGCUGCAGAUGGACUUGGAGGACAAUGAAACAGCCAUGAACUCCUUUGACAGUCAGGUGGAAGAGCUGAAGGGAAUCAUAGAGACACUGGAGGCUCAGCUUGCUCAGAAUCACAGCCAGAUGUCUGACAUGGAAGCCAGACUGGAGGACAGCAAAGCCCAGGUCUCUGUCUUGGAAACCCGUUUAGAGGAGGUCCAGUCCCAGAACUCUAUGCUGGAGACGCAGUAUGUCACAGCUAAAGAGGAGCUAUUUGAGAGGAGCUGUGAAAUAACUCGACUCGAAGAGGAAGCUAUCAAGAGAAGCCAGCUAGAGGAGACGGUUGCUACAUUAGAGUCAAAUCUCAGUCAGGUCACAGAGGAAAAUGUUAAGUUGGAGACUACUGUUAGGCAAAUAAGUGAGGACAAAAAACAGUUGAUCCAGCAGAUAAACACAAUUGAAGCUACUUUGAAGCAGGUAAACAAUGAGAAAGAGCAAAUGGAAACUGAAAUUAAUCAUGCAAAUGCAGAGAAGAAACGCCUGGAAAACGACCUGGACAAAUUGUCUGAGGAGAACAAACGACUGCAGACCAGCGUCGAUCAGUUAAACAAAGAAAGGCAGCAAAAUGAUGCAGUGAAUAAUGAAAUGACAGCAGAGAAAUAUGAAGCUGAAUCAAGACUCCGUCAAGUCACUGAAGAGAAAGCCCAGCUUCAUAAUACCCUCAGCCUGAUAAAUGAGGAGAAAAUCCAGCUUGAGGUAAAAUUUGGUGAAAUAAACUCUGAGAAAAAUGACUUGGUUACUAACCUGCAUCAAGUUGUUGAGGAGAGGCGUCAGCUAGAAAUGAACUGCAGUCAGCUGAGUGAAGAAAACACGAGACUAAAGGCUAGUGUGACUCAAGUAACUGAAGAGAAGGUUCAGUUACAAGAAAGGAUAGAAAGGGAAGAAAAUGAGGUGACUUCACUUCAGAACGAGAAGGAGCGUCUUCAAAGCUCGCUCUGGUCCUCGGGGCAGGAGCAUCAGAGGCUGCUGGAGCAGCUUGAGAUGAGGGACAGGAUGAGUGAGGAGGAGAACAAGGAGAGGACUCACCAGUUCGAGGUAGAACAAGCUGAACUACAUCGUCAGCUGGCAGAGUUACAGAAGGACCUGAGUGUGUUCCAGCAGCAGUACAAUUCACUGCUGGAGCAGGUGGCCCAGCAGCAGUCAAUCAUUCAGCAGCUGUCAGAAUCUCAGCGAAACCAGAUGUUUGGAGAACAUGUCCAUAUGGAAUCUGAGGAGACAGACAGUGGUGUUUUCUCUGAAGAUGCAGCACCACAUGCUGAUGUGGCGCCGACAGUGGAUACAAGCACCUGCACUGGGUCUCUCCCAGUAAAAGAACAACAGAGCCUUGUGAUGUGUGAACGGGGGGACCAGUCCAACCAGGAUUUCAGUGAGUCAGAGCUGGUCUCGGAUGACAUAAUCGAUCAACCGUUCAUCCAGGAAACAUUGGAAGAGGAGAUAAAGACACGUGUGGAUGAUGUAGAAGUAACACAGAAUGAGGAGGAGCAGCAGCAACCUGUAGAACAGUUUCCUGCAGAAGUCAGAGAUGUUACUGAAAAUGAACCUGAAGUCUGUGAAGUGUGCUCACACAUGUCCCCCAUGAGCGACGACAAAGACUCAAAAUCCUCUGCAUCAGAGUCAUCCCAUGUACAUCACUGCAGCAAAAUUCUUGCCCUUAAAGAAAGUGAACUUCAGAGCCUGCGCUCCGAGUUUGCUCUGCUGAGCUGCGACCUCGCCCUGAGAAAGGAGUUGACUUCUGAACUGGAAGUCCAAGUUCAAAGCUUGGAGAAGAAUCUUCAUGCAGCAGAGGAGGCGGCUCAUAGUGCAGCACAGAAACUAAACUUGGCUCUGGAGCAGAAGAAAGAACUUUCUGACCAGUUGACUCAGCUGUUGGAUGAGAGGGAGACAUUAACUCUACAACUGCAAACAGCUAAAUGCCAGCUGGCUGAUGUUAUGGAGAUGCUGGAAGGUCUGGAGAUGGCCAAAGGUGGAUGGGAUGAAAAAUUCCUUCAGCAGGAGAGCGAAUUAAAGCGGGUUCGGUCUGAGAAAGCUAACCUGGAGCAACACAUCCUGGGUAUGGAAUCUGAGCUGGAAACCCUCCAGGAGGAGAGGAGCAGGGUAAAGGAUGAGAUGGACGCUCAGAGAAGGACCUGUUCAGGCUUGGAGCAGCAGAUUGAAGCUCUCAUGACGGAGACAACCCAGCUCAGAUCUGAACUUGUUUCGUGCACUGAGGAGCGAGAUGACCUCAACCAGUCUUUGAGCCAAUGGAGAGAGAAAGUUCACAGCCUGGAAAAAACAAACCGAGACACCAGAGAUCUAAUUUCCAUUUUGGAAGAUGACAUGAGAGCAGGGAGGAAGGAGUAUGAAGUCCUGCAGAGCAACAUGGAGAAGCUGAAAACAGAAAGGCAACAGCUGCUGGAGCAGGUUAAGGUCCUGGAGGAGGCAGUCUCUCAGCAGAGUGAAGAAAAAGAGGAGCUUAUGAGCCACCUCAACCAAAUCAAAGAAAACCACACCUCUGCCGAUCAACACACAGAGUCCAUGGUCAGCAAGAUACAGGCUUUAGAGGGAGAGGUGAAUCGACUUUCACAGUCUCUGGAGUCGUCUCUACUAGAAAAGGGAGAGAUUGCCUCACGUCUGAACUCGACACAAGAGGAAAUCCAGCAGAUGAGGACUGGAAUUGAAAAGCUUCAGAUUCGCAUCGAGUCAGACGAGAGGAAGAAAACGAAAAUGGGAGAACUGCUCAGAGAUGCUCGAAGGAAGUCCGACUCACUGCAAGAUCGCAUUGAUGCCCUGGAGCGAGAGAAGGAAGAUGUGGAGCAGAGUCUGGAGGAAGCUGUUCUACAGGCUGAGGUGGCCAAGGCUGAGCUUGAAGAGGAAAGGAGAAAGGUGGAAGAGGAGAAGAGAGAACUCCAUGACCAACUAUCGGUACUCUCUGCCCAGCUGGACCUCCUCAGAUCCGAGAAAGAACACCUGGAGAGAGCGCUAGAAUGUAAAGAGAGAGAGAUAACUGAACUGAAGGCAGCUAAGGAGCAGCUGGAGAGAGGACUGGAGAAGGCAGAGGUAGCCAGACGAGAGGAGGAGGAGAGGCAGAAAUCCAGAGUGGAAGAAAUGAGAGAGGAAGCAGAAAGACAAAUCAGACGAGCAGAUGACCUUCAGGAGCAGCUGGAAGCUUCUCGGCAGAGAGAGGGCUUGCUUGAACAAAAGAGAGCAGAAAGUGAAGGGGAGAAAGAGAGGAUGCAGUCUCUGUUGUUAGAGCUGGACAAGGAAAAACAAAGUCUGCAGACAGAGGCAGAGAAGCUGCGCUGUCAGGGGGAAGAGUGGGAGAAAGAGAGAACUCACCUAAGCUCUUAUACUGAGGCUUUGGACAAACAAAUUAGGGACCUUAAAACAUCCAUUAAAGCUAAAAAAGAAGAAAUGCAAGUUUUGCAAAGAGAGGGGGAAAGUAAAGCCCAUCAUAUACAAGCGUCAGCAGAGUCUAUCUCAUCUCUUAUGGCAGAAAAAGAACAGAUCAAAAGAGAAAAUCAGCAGCUGGUGGAAGAAAAAAAGCAACUGCACUUGAAUUUAUUGUCUGUAGAACAGGAUAGAGAUCAUUUGCGCUGCACUCUUACAUCUGUAGAAGAAGAGAGAGACAGACUAGAGCAACAGAGGCAGGUGUUGGCAAACAAAACAGAGCAGCUGGAAUGUGGUCUUUCUCUGCUACAAAAGGAGAAACAGGACAUUCAGCAGAGUCUUUCUUCACUCCAGCAAGAAAAAGAAAAUACAGAGGAGGAGAAACAGACGUUAGAGGUAGAAAAGGAAAACUUGCAGUCGUCCCUCUCUUUGCUUAAAGAGCAGAAAGGACAUUUGCUUCUCGCUGUCUCUUCCCUGGAGAAAGAAAAGCAAAGAGCAGAGGAAGAGAAAGAGAAACUCAGAGAACUGCAGGAGAGUCUUCAGACGAAUGUGUCCUCUGUGGAAAAAGAGCUGGAAACAAACCGGUUGACUGUUGUACAGCUCAGUGAGCAGGUCUCAGAGCUCACCUCUCGUACCACUCGUCUGACCAAAGAGAGAGACUCUGCGCUAAGCAAGAUGAAUCUUUGGAUGAAAACCUGCAAACAGUUGGAGCAGGAGAAUCAAAUGAUGCUCAACAGCUCAGGACAUGGAAGAAGCAGUGAGGAAGCUCAGAUUGAGAUGAAACAGCUCAAGAUGCAAGAACAAGAGACAAAGAAAGAAGUGGAAGACCUGAAGAUGGCGCUGGAGGAGAAGAUUAAAGAGUCACAAGAUGCAACGAAAGAAGUGGAGGAACUUAAGGCUGCCAUUAAUAAAAAGGAGGUGGAAAUACAAACGAGGGGGAAAGAGCUGGAGGAGAUGAAGAAUGAGUUGGAUGAACUGAACAAAUGUCUGGAGGAGAAAAGCAGAGAAGCUGAUGAGAGCAUGGAUAAAUACUGCAACCUGAUGGUUCAAGUGCACAAACUGCAAGAGGCCAACGAUGCACUGACAACACGCCUGGAGCACCUCAGCAAUAGCCAGCGUGCUAAUGCAGCUAGCACCCAGAGCAGCAGCACCGAUGGAACCCUCAGUCUCCGGCGCUCAGGAAGAAGAUCAACCUCCAAACACCAGGAGGAGACGCCGGAUGAAAACAUUGACCCUCAAACCCCUCAGAGGUCUCCACAGGGGUCGUCCUCAGGGAAACGGGGCCAUCGCGACAUCAGUGACAAAGACAGCGCCCAGGAGGCACUGCACAACCUGACAAAGAAGAUCAAAGCCACCACAGCAAUGACGCCCAAGGUCGGACCAGAACCGGAGGACGAGGAGUUCAGGCCUGAGGGGCUUCCGGAGCUGGUGCAGAGAGGCUUUGCCGAUAUUCCCCUGGGAGAGGCGAGUCCGUUCAUCAUAAGAAGAACCGUGACGCGCUGCAGUCCUCGACUGGCUGCCAGAAACACCACCACACCUGCACCUGAAAGCAAGGUUUUGGGGCCCAUGGCGCUCCAGAGUCCGUCUGCAGACAGCUCCAGCAGGAAGACACUUUCCCCACGCAGCGAGGAGAAAUCCAAACGCCGUUCCAUGAGGAAAACACCAGAGCUGAGAGAGACACAAACACAACAGGGAGACAACUGUCACGUCCAGUAGAUGCAUGAACAGUGGACUCACACAUGAAGCUCACACUCAUACACACUCAGCUCACACAUUUUCACUGUCACAGUGCACCUUUGUGUGUUUAGGGUGAGGUGAUGCGUCACUUUGUCGUUCAAUACUACACUUCACUACAAUUACACUUAAACUCUUUCUUUCUGUUGGUGAAAGUUGUGAAGUCUUAAGCUCUAGUCAAAUAAUGAGGGAAACUUAAACUAGCUGAUUUUCUGCAAUGCACUAUUUUUUAUGAUGGUUUAAAAUCAUUUUAUCUAAACUGCAACUUUAAAUUGUUGGUAUAUUUUUAAUUAGACCACCACUGUUUUAAAUGAAUCUUCAUCUAUUUGCUCCGUUUAUCUUUUAAUUAAUGAUGUUAAUCCUCAUUUCCUUCAUUGUUUUUUUUUUUUUUUACUAUUUUCAUUCUGUCUUAAAUAUUGUACAUAGUUUUGGUAGCUAUGCUUUGUGUACUCUUACGAUUAGUCCUGUACCUGUAUAUCAUCUGGAUGCUUCUGGCAGCUAAGUAUGCUUCAGUUUGUUUAUAACUUUUACAUAUUUUAUAGAUUAUUUCCUGUUCUCUCUAACAAACCUUUACUAAGUUUUUAACGUAUGUUUGUAAAGCUGCGGUUUUUAUUUAGUUGUAGAUUAGUGUUUUGUGCUGUAAAUAUUUAACGUAGGUCAAUAUUCAUUUUUGUAACUAAACCAUGUUUGCAGCUCCAUA